AUGCUUCAUUUAGGAUUUGAUAGUUUUUGUUAUAAAGUUCACUUAUUCAGAAAACACAGAACUUGGCAGGAGUGUUUUCCUCGAAUAGAGCCAUUUUAUGCAAUAAAAUGUAAUGAUGUUGACCCUGUCAUUAGGAUCCUAGCAGAUAUGGGACUUUCAUUUGAUUAUGCAAGUAAGAUUGAGAUACAGAAGAUAUUAGACCUUGGAGUUGAUCCAUCAAGGUUAAUUUACGCCAACACAUUCAAACAAUCAUCAUUUCUCAAAUUUGCGGUUGAAAAUGGUGUUUCUUUGAUGCCAUUCGAUUGUGAGGAUGAACUAGAAAAGAUCAAGAAAGAAUACCCAGAGGCAAAUAUGAAUCUUUUAAAACCUAGUUUCUAUGUUGGGAGAUGUUGUCUAGAAAUAGGAGCUUUCGAGUCAGCAAUUGAGCAGUCACGAAAAGUAUUUGACAUUGGAUUGGCUAUGGGAUUUAACAUGCACCUCUUGGACAUAGGUGGUGGCUUUCCUGGACAGAAAAUACAAAAUGUGGAAACGAACAUUACUUUUGAAGAGGUAAAGCUAAGAAAACAUUGACAUCUUAACGACUUAUGUUAUGUGAUAAAGACAGUAUGGAUUCUAUUCUCAUUGUUUAUUAUAUACCAAUAUUUUUUGUAAGUCUUAGUUUAAACGGAUUUAAAGGUA